AUGUUCAAUGAUCUUUCAGCUAAUGAUGAUGACAAUGAUGAACUCGGAGAAAUGCUGGAUAAAAUGCCCAAGAUGUCAUUUGAUAGUCUCCUCUUAACUGUUCAUACAAAUGAUGAUGUAAAUGUAGAUGAAAAGUAUAUUGAAAUACCGAUUUGUUUCGGUGUGCCAAUGAUAACUCUACGAGAAAAACACGAACGUGAAUUAUCUUUGGGUAGUAGCUUUAUUGAAGCUAAACCACCAUCGAAAAAGACUGUAAACACGUUAACUGAUAAAAUUUUGUUAAACUGUGAAACAAUUGAAGAUAUUAGGGCAGCUUUACAUGGCGCAAAAGCUGUUUUAAUAUUUUAUGUCAUAUUAGAAAUACUUCAACGUUUACCAAGUCCACUGUUACCUCUGACGUUUAAAACAGCUCAUAACUGUUCUAAAAUAUUUUUCUUAAAGCCUGCCCAUCCCUAUGACUUUAUGAUUAGUGAACAUUUAUACAGUGAGAUAAGAAGAUACUACGAUGAAAUCGGUGCAGAAGAUACCACAUCGAAGUAUCGCCGUGCAAAAAAACCUAAGGAUGAAAUAGUCCACCCUUUGAUUCAGACAUACUACCUACAAGAAGAACCAACGAAACUGGAGUUAAUCAGACUAAGCAAUAAAUUUAUUAAGUGCAUCUUCCAUGAUAUACACCUUAUCGGUAAUAUAAAUCAACGUAAUUUAAUACGAUUUAUUAUAAGAAAUUGUAUCCAUUUUGUCCGACGAUAUAAUAUUUCUUGUGUGAGUAGAUUAAGAAAGCAAAGAGGUGAAAGUUGGACAAUGACAAACAUUUCUACUGCACCGCAUGUGAACGAAUAUUCAGUACGCCGAAUAGCUGAUCUUGUAGGCCCGUUAUUGAUGAAACAACCUGGUGUGCCUGAAUCCUUUGUGGAUGUUGAAAAACAUGUUAUGGCAAAUCUUCUACACAUUGAUGUCGACCGUCUAUGGUUACCGAAACAAAAGGUACAUGAUAUUCUUGAGUCGGAUAUUCCUCACUGCCACACUGAUUGCAUUUGUGGCCUAGGUAUAUAA